AUGUCAUCCGACGACGAAAAGCACACGCCGCGCACUUCAGCGACCGGCGACAACGAAGCGUAUCCUACCGUCUCCGCAACAGGAAUGCCAAGGCUCUUCCCACGUCACAAGGACAAGCGCUCUUCCGCAGAACAAGACCGCAUUGACGAAAAGGAUGGAGAUGCACCAUCGGAGCUGGAGGGCCCAAAACACGAUUCGGACGAUGACGAUUCCGAGGACGACGAGGAGGAAGAGGGAGAGUCGAAACCGAUCUACCCUCCAACAGGAUCGCUCACGUUGGCCGCAUUUAACCCGUACUCUUCCAUUCCGCUUUCACGGCGGAUGGCACUGAUCUCAGGAUCGCUCUUCAUCAACCUCGGUCUGCCCUUCCUCAACGGGGUCAUGCUCGGAUUCGGCGAAAUCUUUGCGAGAGUCGUCGUGGCUCCAGCGCUGGGCAUUACGGGUGUCGGAUGGGCAGGCGAUACAGCGAGAGCGGUGGCCAACUGGAAUUGGGGCAGAGGACGCUCGUCAAGCAGCGAAAGGGGGUGGAAGGGCGACUCGGGGCAGCCGGGUGACUUUGACGAUUGGUCUGCUACCAACGAUCCUGCUGCGUCUACUUCUCAUAUCGAACUGUGA